CUAGCGCGCGAGAUAGAAAUUGCGGCGCGAGAACUGUCGCCCUUCUUCGGGAAAGAAACGCAAACGGCACAUCAGCCAUGAACUGUAGAUAGCAGCCUUUCUCCUUCCCACAGCAAUUAAAAUAAAAACAAUUUCGGAACUGUAUGUCCGACGAGUCCAGAACUGUGGGAUUUUAUAUAAAUAUAUAUUUUUUUAGCAAACAAAGUUGGCUGGAGGUGGCGGGGAAAUGUCCUGGUGGCCGCGCGGCGGUGAGGAGGUUGAGGAGCAAGUGAGUCAGGACACAGACUCGGAUGUGGCUGAGCAGAGAGACAGUGGCAGGGUCAAAGUGAAAUGGACUCAAGAGGAGGAUGAUAAUUUAAGAACUUUAGUUCAGAACUUUGGCCCACAUGACUGGAAGACCAUAGCCAGCUUUUUACCAAAUCGUACAGAGCAUCAAUGUCAGCACCGCUGGUUUAAGGUUUUGGAUCCAGAUCUGGUUAAAGGUCCCUGGACAAAAGAAGAGGAUGAGAAGGUGAUCCAGCUGGUGAAAAAAUAUGGCAACAAGCAGUGGGCUAUGGUAGCGAAACACCUGAAGGGCCGGCUGGGCAAGCAGUGUCGAGAGCGCUGGCACAACCACCUCAACCCUGAUGUAAAGAAGUCCUCCUGGACAGCAGAGGAGGACCUCAUCAUCUACAAGGCCCAUUGUUUUCUGGGCAAUCGCUGGGCUGAGAUUGCCAAGCUUCUCCCUGGGAGGACGGACAAUGCAGUGAAGAAUCACUGGAACUCUACCAUCAAACGCAAGGUAGAGAUGGGCUGCUAUGCCGGAGAGGACAUUUCCUUGACACAGAUUUCUCAGCAGGAUGACAGUGGGGUUACUGUCCACCACAGCAGCGAACAAGAGAUGGAUUUCCAUACUACUACUUUGGACUCUGGCUCAGAAUUGCAAGUCAUAGAAAAGGAUGGUCCUUCCCUCCCCACAUCUGUUCUGAACAUCCAGCCAGCUAAAGCAGCGUCAACUCUGAAAGACUGCUCUCCUCCACUGCUCCAUGAGGGGCCAACAACGAAAAGCGAGUCGGAAGCCUCCCCGGAAUCAACCACUUGGGUGAUAGACAGUGCUGGCUUCCUGUCACCCACAUCUGCCCCUGCUUUGAAGGAGGUCAUGGAGCUAAUGGAAGGGGACCUGGAGGGAUGGUGUGAUUUGAGCGCAUUUGACCUACCAGAGGAGUCCCCAGGCUCCGAGGUGCUGCAGUUUCGUCUGGAGGAGGGAACCUUGCAGGAGCUGAGCCGAGGUAACCGGGGAGAACUGAUCCCCAUUUCGCCCGGCACAGCUACCCCUCCCUCCAUCCUGACCCGCCGCAGCCGUCGCCGUAUCCCCCUGUCUCCGGAUCCCAACGACAGUAUGACCCCCAAGAGCACCCCAGUGAAAAUCCUGCCCUUCUCUCCCUCACAGUUUCUCAACAUGUGGACGAAGCAGGACACCAUAGACUUGGAGAACCCAUCCCUCACCUCUACUCCAGUGUGUAGCCAGAAGGCAAUUGUUACUACUCCCCUGCACCGGGACAAGACUCCGCUCACCCAGAAGGAGAAUUCUGUGUUCAUCACUCCGAAUCAUAAGUCUGAUCUGGAUACCACCCCACGUACUCCAACACCCUUCAAAAAUGCCCUAGAGAAGUAUGGCCCACUGCGACCACUGCCCCCAACUCCAAACCUGGAAGAAGAUCUGAAGGAGGUCCUGCGCAGUGAGGCUGGACUUGACCUUAUUGUGGAGGACAAGACUCCCCCUGAGCAGAAACGCAAGCAAGCACAUCGGCCACCCAUGAAGAAAGUGCGCAAAUCAUUGGCCCUGGAUGUCAUGGACUCCACUGAAACUGUUUCCAUCAGAUUUCAACCGUCAAAGUCCGCUUUCAUACCCAGCACAAAUGCAGAGACAUCAUUGUCAGUCUCUCUGGACUCUUCCUUCUCUGUCAAGAAAGAAGAGAAUGUUUUGGAUCAAGGCUUUAUCCAUGCUCCUACUGAGACUGUCCCAAAUCUUAACCCAGCCCCCCCAGUCCCAAUGUCUCGUGCAUGGGAAGCUGUGGUUUGUGGAAGGACAAAGGACCAGCUGAUCAUGACUGAGAAAGCUCGACGUUACCUGCGUGCGCUGAAACCCAACCCUCCCAAUCGUGCUCUCAUCCUGUCCUAAACCCAGAGUGUAUUCCUUGCCCUAACCAGUCCUAUAACUUGUCAGUCACCUUUCUGGAAAAGAGUUUA